AGUUAAUGGGGACACAUAUCACGUGGAGUACAUUAAAUACGCCUACGCUACACUUGCUUCACUUGCUUGUAUAUAAAUAGCAGUCCUGGUGAGCCUAGAGAGAGUGGUUGGAGUAAAAAUCGGAGAAUGGGGAGGAGUCCUUGUUGUUCAAAAGUGGGGUUGAACAAGGGAGCGUGGACCAGUGGGGAAGACAAGAUCCUCGCCGAUUUUAUUCACCUCCACGGCGAGGGGCGGUGGCGAAAUCUCCCCAAGAGAGCGGGUUUGAAGAGGUGCGGGAAGAGCUGCAGGCUGAGAUGGCUCAACUAUUUGAGACCGGAUAUCAAGAGAGGCAACAUUUCUAGUGAUGAACAGGACCUCAUUAUUCGCCUUCACCGCCUACUUGGUAACAGGUGGUCUCUCAUAGCUGGGAGGCUCCCUGGCCGAACAGACAAUGAAAUCAAGAACUACUGGAACACAACUCUGCGAAAAAAGACUCAUGUUAACCAAACUGCAUCUACUUCUGCAUCUCCUCCUCCAAAGUCCUCCAGGACCAAACAAUGCAGCACAGACAAGAAAAGGAAAAAGAAAGACAAAAAAAACGUGGAGUCAACUCACCAAAAUGUGGCCUCCUCGCAAGUCACUCAUCACUCACUAAUCACUCCACCCAAAUCAGAUCACCAUCCCACAUUAAUGGACACUACUAGCCCAGAGCCACUAGCCGCACAAAAUUUAAUGCCAAAACAGGAUAGCAGCAGUAAUGGCCAGUCAUUGGAUCUCGUGCCAGACGUUGACUCCAGUGACAUGGGAUUCAAGGAACUUCUUGACUUUGAUUUCUCGGGUUUAUUAGACACUAAUAAUGAUGAUCAGAGGGACUCUGAGAUUGAAACUACUUCACUCAUUUCUUUGAAUGAGAAUCCUUUAAUGGAUGUUUUGGUGGAUGAGUUUUGGAGUGCAGUAGAGGAACCAAAUCUGGCUGCUUGUAAUCCUUUUAACCAAUAUUUUGCUUCUGAAUCAGACUUUUUAGGAGAUUGGUUAGCUUGAUAACUCAGAAUGUGUAAACUCUCCUCUGUUUUGCACUGUAUCUAGCUGGCCUUGAAUAAAUAGUCUCAACUACAUUUGUGUCAGUUCCUUUGUAGAAUAGGAUUAUCCUAAGUUCAUUAAUCAUGGUUAUUGAUAUUGUUUGUUGCA